CGCCAUCAACGUUUAGCAGCACAUGUUGGCCACGAAAAAAUGUAAACAAAAAUAUAAAAUAAUGCGAAUCAACGAAAAGUGUCGAAUUAUUGGUAAACGCGUAAUUCUUGUACCUUAUAAAGAAAGUCAUGUAAGUAGAUAUCAUUCAUGGAUGAUGUCAGAAGAACUGCAGGAACUAACAGCCUCGGAGCCCUUGACCCUGGAAGAGGAAUACCAGAUGCAGAGGAGCUGGCAUGUUGACGAGGAUAAAUGUACUUUCAUAGUCUUAGAUAAAGUUAAACGUCAGCAAGAAGGAACAACUGAAGAAGAUUGUAUGUGUGGUGAUGUGAACCUGUUUUUAAAUGAUCAAGAUGACAGAAGUACAGCAGAAGUUGAGAUCAUGAUCGCAGAGAAAUUAUGUAGAGGCAAAGGAUUUGGAAAGGAAGCAUUGUUGCUCAUGAUGCAAUAUGGUGUGGAGAAGCUAGACAUUAAGAAGUAUACAGCAAAAAUUGGUUCAAAAAAUACACCAAGUCAGGAGAUGUUUAAGAAGUUAGGCUUCAAACAGGUUUCAUUCAGUGAAGUCUUUCAAGAAGUUACCCUAGAGUUUGGCCUUGAGGCUGCUGAAAGAGGCCAGCUAAAAGACUCAACAAAACACAUGGAAAUUUUAGAAGAUUACAUAGAGAAAAGGUGACAUCUAAAAUUCAAACCAAGGUGUCAUAACAGAGAUGUAAAUCAGAUCUUGGUGAGAAUACGUAGGCACCGCAUAACACAGCAGGGAAAAGAAGACAAUUAUUUCAUCAGGGAACUAUGCUUUGAAAGUAAACAUUUAUAGUCUGAGAUUGAUAUUUCUCAAGUGUCUAUGCUUCUAACUUACUCCAUCUGUGCUGGGGCUAAGUAGUUUUGGGAACCCUGUGAGGAACCUUGAAACUCACGUCAGGGAAUAUCCGGCACCGCUACAGCUUCAAUUUUGAAGAAGCCGCAUCAGAAAGAUUUAGUAGGAGACAAAUGUAACUCCCAUAGAAUGCACAUAAUGCAUAUUUAUAUUCUACGCACAGGCAGGGCGGCAGUGUUUUUAUUCUAAAUGCGUUUGGCCUAGCCAAUAAAUUUACUAAUAAUAAUAAUAGUAGUGUAGUUUUAUAUAGCACACAUGUCCAUCUAAUGCAAGAUGCUCAGGGCGCUUGUUAUGUGGACUAGGAACUCGAUCAUUGACUUUCUUCGCCCCUAAGAGUCCCUUCGUGUCUGUGCUACCUGGUAACCCGGUACCAGAAACUCUCGUCGUCCACCACUGCUUACUGCUUAUGAACUAUAGAAUUAUCUCUUUAUUAUUGAUUUGGAAGGAGUAAUUGUUUGUUACUUUAAUCAGAGUAGGCUUGUAUUUUACUUAAAAGAUGUAUUGUCCCUUGCUAAUGUCAAAAAAUCAUAAAAAAUAAUUUUGAAAUAAACUUGUUCAUAUUGCAUUAGCAUACAAAUUAUUAACUUGUGCAUAAAAAUUAAUGAAUUUAAAAUAUG